AUCGGAAUGUAGAUUCUGUUCUUAAGCACCCAUACCGGAAGGCUUUGCGCUCAACUUUGCUGCUGGUAAUGCUCUUCAACCCCCCUGAGUGGGCCUCGCAACCUUGUCGCGUUGCAUCGCUUGAGGUGUUCACUGGCGGACAACGCGUCCUUUCAAUCCCGGUAGACAUCGAACCGUACUAUACGCUUGGAAGGGCCUCUGAUCAGGUCUCAAUUCCUCUCGAUCACCAGAGUUGCAGCAGAGUGCACGCCGCCCUCGUUCAUCACACAGACGGCCGAAUCUUUCUAAUUGACCUUCAGUCGACCCAAGGCACCCUAGUCGACGGUCGCCGCAUUCCACCAAACAAGCCGGUCGUUCUCAAAGACCAGACACGCAUCCGCUUCGGGGAGCUAGAUUCCGAGUACGUCGUGCGCUGCGAAACAGCUGCCGAGAAACGUAGUGCUGAAGACCACGCCGGCGCUCCUGCCAACAAGCGUGCUGCCACCAUGGCUGACGGUCGCGUGCGUGCCUCCCACCUCUUGGUGAAGCACAAGGACGUGCGGCGGCCAAGCUCUUGGAAGGAGCCAGUCGUGACUCGUACCCGCGAAGAGGCUCUGGCUAUGAUCCAGCGCUUUCACAAGAUGCUGGUGAGUGGCGAGGCGGACUUCGCGACGCUGGCUUCCCAGGAGAGCCACUGCAGCAGCGCGAAGCGAGGCGGCGACCUGGGCGAGUUCGGGCGCGGCGACAUGCAAAAGCCCUUUGAGGAUGCUACUUACGCGCUGAAAGUAGGAGAGCUGUCCGGACCCGUGUUCUCGGAUUCCGGUGUGCACCUGAUCCUGCGUACCGGGUGAAGCCGGAAUUUGGGAAAAACGAGCGAACUCGCGGCUGUAAAAGGAGGAGCGCAUCCCGGAGCGGACAUGUUUUGGGCGGCGAAGGCUUGCUUUGUGGGAAACUCCUCCAUUGAACCUGCUAGGUUUUCACGAACUAGCCCUUGUUCGGGUCGUUUGGUUUGGGUCGAUACAACAUGCGCAAUUGGGUCGGUGCCUGCUAAAAAGAAUAUGUUCAAAAAAGGCGAGGGAGGCACUACUAUGGAUGGUUCAACUGAGCAGCUCCAGGAAGGUGGAAUAGCAAUUGCGCGCAUGGCGUAAUGAUCGAUUAUGCUUUUGACUUUCUGUCUUAACGAGUCCGGUAUCAGGCCCUGGGCUUCUAUGCGUGUGGCGGGCACCGCGCAAUUUCGCGUAAUAUGGUUCUGUUCGCUGCAGUGUAAGUGCUUUGACCGCUGCAGGGUGUUGUUUGUUUCCCUGUUGAGCCCUGCCCUCGCCAUGCCUGGUGGAUCUCAGCGAGAAGCAUGGCCGAAUAGCGAAAAACUAAAACAUUAGGCCAACUGGCCGGAUAGACACUGUGGAUGCAUCGCGUUGUUUGAGCAGUGCAAUGUUAUCUGAAGAUGCAUGUGUGUAUGGGCUGUCGCUACGGUUUAAAGUGAACAGUAGCUGGUUAUAGGCAACCAUUGCAAACGAAAGCUUUCCCAUGAGGAAAAGCAUUGCACGUUAUGUAUGCAGUUUUUUUGCAUUUUUCGCUGCUCUAGAAGGCCAUCCCAAUCUAUAUGGAUUAUGGAUGCUGCUGCAGACCUUGGUCUGCGAGGCUGUAAAGAACGCUACCAAAUGUUAGGAGAGGUAAUGGUUGGAGUAUACUUGGCAAUUGUAUCUUUGCAGACACCCGUGGAACCUGCAAUACCUUGUACAGCCGGAGUCCGCUGGACAGCAUUGUUCUGUCGGAAAUAACAGUGCAGUAAGCCACAGGGCAUUCAAAGGUGGUGUUUUUGGUCGAGAGUUGCAGUGCCGCAGUGGCUUAUGAGCCCCGGGGCUGCGAACAGAGGACUAUCGUGGACUGGAAGGUAUAAUCUAUUACCACAUCAUGAUGUGGUAAUAGAUUACAUUGUACGGCGAAGGUCAUCAUGUACGAGGCAGUCCGUAACGUAAGGAAUGUUUAAUCGUCUUUUUCGCAACGACAUAAUC